UUCUUGCUGGAAGGAGAAGAAGGCGCCACGCCACGACAAUGCCGUCGGCCCCGCGGCGCGAUCAGGUCAGCUGAGCGAUAGAGAGCGAUGAUUUCGAGUAGAUCUCCAGCUGGGAUGAGAGGAUGAACGCGAAUGGGUUAGGAUUCAUGCGUCGCUCGUCGGGCGCAACCGCAUCGACAUCGGCAUCGUCAUCGGCAGCUACUGCCGCGGCGGAAUCCUCGUCCGGCAGGAUGGAUUUCGCCAAGCUACAGUCGCGAUCGAGCUCGGCAUUCGUUCCGCCGCACAAAACCCAGCUCCCUCCCAGGUAUCACUUAUCUCUCAGCUCCGGCGGUGGUGCUGCGUCGCAUUCUCAUCGGCAGCAAUGGCAGAGGAGGAUCUGGGGGGCCGUCACGCUCAUCCUCGCGGUCUCGGCUCUCUUCUAUUUCUUCUCGGUCUUUGGAGGGCCGCGCCGCCAACAAAACUCCAGAGGCCAUGCGAUCGUGAUCGACGCUGGGAGCUCCGGGUCCCGGCUCCACAUCUUUAGCUACAAGGUGGAGAACCUCUUCCCCCACAUUGAUACGCAAGACAUCCCAUCGCUCAAGACAAAGCCCGGGUUGUCAUCUUUCUCGUCGAAUCCACAACAGGCUGGGGAGUCGCUGGUGGAGCUGCUGGACUUCGCAAACGCGAGGAUCGCGAAGAAGGAUAGAGGACAGACGAGACUAUAUCUCAUGGCCACUGCUGGUUUGAGGCGGCUGGAGAAGAACAUCCAAGAAGAUAUCAUUGAGUCUUGUCGAUCGGUGCUUCGCCAGUCUGAUUUCAUGUUUGAAGAUAGCUGGGCCUCGGUUAUCACUGGCACAGAGGAGGGAAUUUUUGCGUGGGUUUCUGCAAAUUACGCUCUAGGCACGCUUGGUGGCGAUCCACACGCGACUACUGGAAUAGUGGAGCUCGGUGGCGCGUCUGCUCAGGUGACAUUUGUGCCAGAUUCACCAUUUCCUCCAGAGUUUCUGCACUCUUUGGACUUUGGUGGAGUCAAUUACAAACUCUACACGUAUAGUUUUCUUCACUUUGGUCAAGAGGCUGCCUGGGACAAUUUACUUCAGCUAUUGCUCUCCGGAGCGGUGAAACCAAGAUUAAAGGCUAAACCCGGCGUGGUGAUUGAUCCGUGUACUCCGGCCGGCUAUGUGAUGAACUCGGAGCUUCUAGAGAAGAUUGCAAACACACUACAGGGGCCGAACCAAGUCAAGGUCUCCACGGUACUUUCGUCUGGAAACUUUUCUGAGUGCCGGAGAGCUGCUCAAGAACUUCUUCAAAUGGGCGAAGACCAAUGCCUACAUGAGCGAUGCGCGAUUGGAUCCACGUUUGUCCCGGAUCUCCGUGGAAAGUUUUUUGCGACAGAGAAUUUCUUCUACACGUCCGAGUUCUUUGGACUGCCGGCAACCACUUCUUUGGCCGACGUAGAAGCCGCGGGUGAUUUCUACUGCGGCGAGCAAUGGACAAAGCUCAAGAACAAGCACGUCGGAAUCCAAGAGGAAGACUUGUUAAAGUAUUGCUUCUCCACGGCUUACAUCGUUGCGCUGCUUCACGACAGGCUCGGGAUUGCCAUGCACGACGAAAGGGUGCGCUUCACGAACAAAGUCGGCAACGUUCCACUCGACUGGGCCUUGGGAGCGUUGAUGGUGAAGCUGGCUGAUAACAUCGAGGAGCGCUCGGAGUGGAGUUUUGGGGAUGACUGGGUAACCAUUCUUUCGUUUUUUGGAUCGUUCGGGCUAGUGUUUGUUCUCGUCUGGCUCGUUCUGAGAUGCCGGAAACCGCGGUUGAAAACCAUUUAUGACCUUGAGAAGGGCCGGUACAUCACUACCACUCGCCUCCAUCGAUAAAAGAAAGAAAAAAAAAAACCUUCUAUCAACAUUUUUGCUGCUCGAAGAAGCAAAUGGUUCUUUCAGAGUUUGUACCGUCCCUACAUUAUCGAUCUCAAGUUAGCUGAAAAGCAUUGUAAUCAAUAAUCCAAAGGGAACAAAGCUUACUUGCAAA